AUGGCUCAACAAAAACUUUGGGUUCUAGCCGCACUGCUUGCUCUAGUCUCCACCGAGAUGACAAUGCAAAUGGUUGCUUAUAAAGCUACUCGAACACCGUGUUGCUUGGAUACACUUAUGCCAAAUGUGUGUAAAGCCUUGUACAAUAGAGAUCACGAGAAAUUCACAAGACAGUGUAGAAGCAAUGCUGACUUCUCAUUCAUCCAGUGCUGUCACUCUUGCCAUUUCAAUUUGGAUAUGUUCACCAGUGAUACUAUCCCAGUACCCACUGACCUCUACCAACACGAUGUAGAGGAGCUCCUUCUCCGUCAUCAUCCUCAAAACUGUUUUGACCGUCAUGGUACUCAAUUUUGUGAGGCUUUCGUGACUAGAACUGGAAUGUGGGGAAGAAAAGCUUUGACCUGCCAACACUCAGCAUUUGCAUUCCGAGUAUGCAGGAAGACUUGUGGAUUCUGUGCUUCGGUGAACAAGACGGCAACUGUCAGAUACGACUCCAACUUGGCCAAGAAUCCAAAAUCCUGCGAACGACUAUUCUAA